ACAGUAAGGCUAAUCCUCCUCUGUCUCACAAUUAACACACUGCUUCUAUUGCCACUCUCUUUGAUCAUUUUGGAGCAAUGGCGGCGGGGAUGGUGGUUGUUUUCGACUUUGACAAGACGAUCAUCGACUGCGACAGCGACAACUGGGUCGUGGACGAGUUGGGUGUCGAUGACUUGUUCACUCAGCUCCUCCCUACCAUGCCUUGGAACCCUCUUAUGGAUCGGAUGAUGACGGCGCUUCAUGCACGCAGAAAGACAAUUCAGGACAUUUCGGAGUGCUUAAAGAGGGUUCCAAUCCAUCCCAACAUUGUCUCUGCAAUUAAAUCAGCCCAUGCUUUUGGGUGUGAUCUGAGGGUUUUAAGUGAUGCAAAUGAUUUUUUCAUAGACGCAAUAUUGAAGCAUCAUGGGAUAAUGGAUUGCUUCUCAGAAAUCAAGACAAACCCUAGCUUUAUUGAUGAACAACGCAGGCUGAGAAUCUUGCCCUUCCAUGAUUUCAUCUCGUCUUCCCAUGGCUGCACUCUUUGCCCUCCCAACAUGUGCAAGGGUUUAGUGAUGGAAAAGAUCCGAGCUUCUGUUUCAGCAGAUGGGAAGAAGCAUUUCAUCUAUGUUGGAGAUGGAGCUCCCGAUUUUUGCGCGGGUUUGAAGCUUGAAGAAGGGGACUUUCUGUUGCCGAGGAAGAACUAUCCAAUCUGGGAUUUGAUUUCUGCCAAUCCCUUGCUUACCAAGGCAAAGAUUCACGAGUGGAACGAGUGCGAUGAGCUCGGGACUAUUUUGCUCAACACAGUGAAGGCAUUCUUCAUUGGAGACAAGUCUGGCAAAGAGAGAAGUAAUCGUUUGGUUCCAAUUGAUUGCAAGUCUCAAAGCAGUUCGGUAUCUGCCUCUGCCCAUGAUGCCUUUCAAAAUGCCCUCCCAGUUCCGCCUCCUCGCCAGUAAUUGUUUAACAAGACGAUAUUAUAAAUUACUGUAAUUUACAAAUAGGAAAAUUAGAACUUAGUUACAAAUAAGCAAUCGCAUUGUUCUGAUCGACUGAUUUAACCCUAAGGGUGUGGGAACAAUUCUUUGCCAGUGAUUAGGAUUUGGGGCACCAAGAAUACCAAUCCAUAUUUCCUACUUGUUUUGGCUCCAUCUUUGUUGUGUACCUUUUCUUCUAUGGAAUGACUUAGCUUUACCACUUUA